GCUCUUAACGUUCACUCGCUAAUACCUCUCACUAUCCCAUAUAUCUAUCUCAACCAAGAAAAAUGCGUUUCUUUGCCCUAACUGCUGUCGCUUCUCUCGUCUCUGGUGUCUCGGCUGCGAACAUCACUGUUGUCGUUGGUAAAGACGGUGGCCUCACCUACACUCCCAACUCUGUUACCGCUAACGUUGGAGAUGUUGUGGCUUUCCAAUUUGUGUCAAAGAAUCACACCGUGACCCAAUCAACCUUUACCGCUCCUUGCACGCCCAAGACCAAUCCCGCCGGCGUCAACUCUGGUUUCCAACCAGUCGCCGCCGGAGCGACCUCCUUCCCUCAAUGGUCGUUCACUGUGCAGAAUGCUAGCGCUCCCAUGUGGUUCUACUGUGAACAAGUCGGCCACUGCUCGCAAGGAAUGGUGUUCGCGUUGAACCCAUCAGCCGAUAAGACAUUCGCCGCAUUCCACGCUGCCGCUCUCGCCUCCGCCAGCAACGGCACAAGCGGCGGAUACGGCUAUCCCGGUGGAACUGGGAGCACCACUGGCUCAGGCUCCACGACAGGCUCGGGCACCACAACGGGCUCAGGCUCCGCCUCUAGCGCAUCCACCAAGCCCGCGAGCGGUGCUAUGGUGGUGGGUGGCAAGGCUGCUGCGUUCUUGACGAUCGCGGGCCUUGUGGCGGGGUUGAAUCUAUAAAUCGACAACGAUUGAAAUGCCCCACUAUAAUCUUUUCUUACUUGGUAGAUUAUGAAAAUAAUGAGGAGGCAUUGAUACCCUGGCUGGCCGACGGGGUCCCAGUCGUUCGUUCUUAUGAGACGGGAUGGUUCAUUUUAGCAUACCGCAAUUAACACGCAUUUUUUCCGAUU